ACAAGCCGGGGGAGAGGUGACGGAAGCCGCAGGGACCCUCACGAUGGAGCGACUCUAAGACACAACGACGAGCUCUCCCCGCCAGGCUGGAGAAAAGACAUCAGCGUCAUCUGCAUGACCAAAGAAAGACAUCAGCUGGUGCCGAGCAUGUCCGUCCACCCCGACGCGAUGCUGCUGCUGCUGCAGGCCGAGAUCGAGCGUCUCUCCCGGGAGCUGAGCGACACCACGAAGGAGAAGAUCCAGGCGGCGGAGUACGGGCUGGUGGUGCUGGAGGAGAAGCAGCAGCUGAAGCAGCAGUACGACGAGCUGGAGGGCGAGUACGAGACCGUCCGGCAGGAGGUCGACCAGCUGAAAGAGGCCUUCGGACAAGCCUACUCCAACCACAGGAAGGUGGCAGCGGACGGGGAGAGCCGUGAGGAGUCUCUGAUCCAGGAGUCGGCUUGUAAGGAGGCCUACUACGAGCAGAGAGUCAUGGAGCUGCAGGCCGAGGUCCGUCAGGCGCGCAACAUCCUCACCAACACCCAGUCUGAGAACGAACGCCUGAACACCAUCUCCCAGGAGAUGAGAGAGAACGGCCAGAUGGUGGAGCUCACGAGGAAUCAGCUGCGUGACGACAUCAAGGAGUACAAGUUCCGGGAGGCUCGUCUGCUGCAGGACUACACCGAGCUGGAGGAGGAGAACAUCUCGCUGCAGAAGCAGGUCUCCGUGCUCAAACAGAGCCAGGUGGAGUUUGAGGGUUUGAAGCAUGAGAUCCGUCGUCUGGAGGAGGACACUCAGUUCCUUAACAGCCAGCUGGAGGAUGCCAUCCGACUGAAAGAGAUCGCCGAGCGUCAGCUAGGUGAAGCCCUGGAGACCAUCAAGACUGAGCGUGAGCUGAAGGCGUCCCUGAGGAAGGAGCUGUCUCACUACAUGAGCAUUGGAGACACGCUUUGUCACAGUCCUCUCAGCAUCUCUCUGGACGGUCUCAAGUUCAGCGACGACACCGGCACCGAGCCCAACAACGACGAGGCCCUCCAGGGAUACGAGAACGGCUUCACCAAGCUGGCCAACGCCAUCACCUACGACAACCGCAUCUCCGCGCCCGAGAAGGACGAGCUGUUCCAUCCUGCGCCCAGCCUCGUGGACGACCUGCUGAGCGAACUCAACAUCUCGGAGAUCCAGAAGCUCAAACAGCAGCUGAUGCAGAUGGAACGUGAGAAGGUCAACCUGCUGUCCACCCUGCAGGACUCCCAGAAACAGCUGGAGCAGGCCAACGGCGCUCUGUCCGAGCACCAGGAGAAGGUCAACCGCCUCACGGAAAACCUCAGCGCCAUGCGCAAGCUCCAGGCCAGCAAAGAGCGCCAGUCCGCUUUAGACAACGAGAAAGAACGCGAUAGCAAUGAGGACGGGGACUACUACGAGGUGGACAUCAAUGGACCGGAGAUUCUGGAGUGCAAGUACAAGGUGGCUGUGUCUGAAGCAGGAGAGCUGAAGGAGGAACUGAAGACUCUGAAGACAGAAUACCAGGCCUGUCAGUCUCGUUACGAAGAGGAGCGCACCCGUCUGGAGAUCGACGUCAAUACGCUGGAAGGAAAGCUGGCAACUCUGGAGAAGACCAGUCACACAGAGAGAGAACAGAAGGUCAAGCUGGAAAAAGAACUCCGCAAGCUGAGCGAUGUGGCAGGCGAGUCCCAGGGCAGUCUGAGUGUGGCACAGGACGAGCUGGUCACCUUCAGCGAAGAGCUGGCCACCCUCUACAACCACGUCUGCAUGUGCAACAACGAGACACCCAACCGCGUCAUGCUCGACUUCUACAAGGAGGGUAAGGGUGGUCGGAGCAGCCCAGAGGGCCGCGGUCGCCGUUCGCCCAUCCUGCUCACCAGGGGCCUCUUCCCUGAGUCCGGCAAGGCCGACCAGAGCGACGGAUCCCCUUCACCGGUUUCCUCGCUGCCGUCCCCCGGGUCCGACCACCGCCGCGAGCCCAUGAACAUCUACAAUCUGGUGGCCAUCAUCCGAGACCAGAUCAAGCACCUGCAGCUGGCGGUGGACCGCACCACGGAGCUGUCUCGCCAGAGGGUGGCCUCUCUGGAGCUGGGCACCGUGGCGGACAAGGACAAGGACGCCUGCAUGCAGGAGAUCCUCAAGCUGAAAUCUCUGCUCAGCACCAAGAGGGAACAGAUCGCAACCCUGCGGACUGUCCUCAAGGCCAACAAGCAGACAGCCGAAGUCGCUCUGGCCAAUCUGAAGAGCAAGUACGAGAACGAGAAGGCCAUGGUGACCGAGACCAUGAUGAAGCUGAGGAACGAGCUCAAAGCCCUGAAGGAGGACGCCGCCACCUUCUCCUCCCUCCGAGCUAUGUUCGCCACACGGUGUGACGAGUAUGUCACCCAGCUGGACGCCAUGCAGAGGCAGCUGGCCGCAGCCGAGGACGAGAAGAAGACCCUCAACUCGCUCCUCCGGAUGGCCAUCCAGCAGAAACUGGCCCUGACUCAGCGCCUGGAGGACCUGGAGUUCGACCACGAGCAGACCCGCCGGGGGGGCACUGGCGGCCGGGUCAAGGCCCGCAGCAAGGCCACCAGCGGCGCCUCCGCCCUCCCCCACCUCCACCCCCACGUAAGUCAGAGUCUCACCUGCUCUGGCUCUGGCCGCCCGGAGCUCAACAACGCCAUGCCCAACGGCAUUCUGGGAGGCCCGCCGGCUUUUUGCAGCGAGAAGUACAAGAUCUACUGUGACUGAGGCGGCCGGGAAGUCCGCAAGGGACUGCUGUGUACAGAGGGGAGGGGGGAGGCCCUCGGGGGUCAAACCCCUCCCUGCCUUAGUGUUAAAGAGCCCCACUCGCUCGCUUAGCUCCCUGCGCUCCUCUAGGGACUGCUGUGUGACUAACCGGCUGCUCAUGUGUGCUCGUGUAAACGCUUAGGGGAAUGCAGAUGUGUGUACAGUGUGCACUAGACGUUUGGACUGUAGUAGACAUAUAUGGCAUGUGGAUUAUAGGGGCCCCGGUUAUAUUGGGGGGUUUUGUGGGUACAAUGGCGUGUCUAUUCUUUCCUCUGUCAUAGUGCUGUACCUAACAGGUGGCAGCUUUUGUGCUUGUUUGUUCUGGCCCCUCCCCCCUUCCUGAGUGUAUUGCCUGGUAAGAGUAACACAUUGCGGGGAUCGGGACUUGUAAAGAUGUCGAUCUGACGGUUUUGUGUCUGUCGGCAUUGGUGCUCCUUUAAUAAACGCCCCUCUUCUCUCUCCUCCUCCGUCCUGGCCCCCCCAGGACUGACCUGCAUCCAGCAGCCCACUGUCUAAAUCAGGUCAAAGAACAAGGUACUUUGAAAGAGACAGAAACUAAAAAAAAAUAUGCAAUCUCCCUCUUGCUUUCUUGUAAGGGGAGCACAGUGUGAUUCUACACAUAAAUUCAACAGUGGGUUGGCUACUGGUUUUAUAAUGGAAUUGCUUUGGGCAGAAAAGGAGCACCUGUGACCACAGGUGUUUAUUUCAGGAUUAUUUUAAAGCUGUGACGCUAGCACACCAAUACAAUAGGGUCAGUAGGAUCGCAUGGCUUUGCAGCUGAACAAACGCUCAUGAGCUAUUUUUUUAACUGUUUUUAUGUUGUCAGGUAUGUGGUACAGGACGCAUGAACUCUUGUACUACAGGGCUCUACAUUGUAAAAAGAGGAGUUAUUUGGUGUCUGGUGAAACGCAGGAGGGCUAGUCCAUGUGACCCGGUAUGUUACGAUGGAUUCUUUCAGAGCCAUAUGAUCCGAGAGAAAGAAAACGUUUGGUCCAAUCAAUCUCCACACCUAAAUUAAGUGCACUUCAGCACAGGUGCCUCAGGUUCCGACUUCUGUUUAAAAAAAAUAAAUAAAUGGAUAUUACGAUUUACUGUGAACAGAGAUAUACAAUAUAGUUUUUGAUUCUAAGACGAUUUUUUAAAAUGCGGAGUGAAUCCUAGAAGAGCACAAAUCAAAUAACGGCACCAACACGUGCACAAUAAAUAAAAAUCUGCAAAAACGAAAAAUCGGCAAAAGUGCCUGUCGACCCAAACGCUUGAUAUAUUUAUCUAUCUGUUGAUGUAAAGCCCUGUCUUUGUGUCUCAACUUGAGAACCCCCCCCCACACACACACACACACACACACAUCUUCCGUCUCCUUCCUCUAGUUUUGGGAGCUCACUCGGAGCUCUAAAAACGAUUUCUGUGCGGUAAACGUUUCUAAAAACGCUUCCUCAUGUCUCUAAUCUGUGUCUUGUCGCCUAAACGACCUCUCCUCCUUUUUUAGAUUCCCCAGAAUCACCACUCACCCUUUAACUAGAACAAGGAAUUCUGGGGGAAGUUGCCCUCUGAAUAUUUUCCGCGUUCCAGAUAUUUGCCUGUGUGUGUGUGUGUAUAUCAGCGUUUACGUGAAGGGCCCUCAUGUGUGUAUUAUGGUUUUAACCUUUUGCAAAUGGAGGGUCUUUUAUUUUUUAAAGAGCGAGUGAGGUAAUGUUUUUGUAUUCACAAUAGCUUUAAACCCUUGCAAGCUAGCAUUACGCAAAUAGGAAAAAAAAAACUGUAAGUGGGGCUUGUGUUUUGAUAAAUCCAUGUACUGCUUGUGGAUCAUAGACACAUUUAGCUUUAUGAUGCUGAAAGCAGGGUUGAUGAGGAGAUCCUGCAAGGUUGAUCAAAUUAUGCGUUUUUCUACUACCACUAUGCUAUAUAUUAAAAAUCUAUAUUCUUAAUACGAUCAUGUUCAGGUUAUAAUCUUGCAGGAUCCUACUACAGUAUUCCUUUCCUCUCGAAUGUAGAGAGAGGGAGCUUAAUUAUAAAAUGGAGUCAACCCUGCUUGAGCGUGCAUCCGUAAAGCCACCGUGCACGUGCACAGCAUAGAGACGAGGCUAUCGUACACGCCUCCUUUUAGAGGUCGAUCACUCUUAAGUUUGAGAUUCACUUAACUUACACGUGUGAUGCGUUCUUUAUAUCGGUUUGCGCUGGUGGAGUAGAGGAGGGAGAACUUCUCACGUUGUUAACCGGCUUCAUAGAGAGGAGAUAAGGAAGCCGAACAUGCUGGUGGAGAAAGACGGAGAAAAAAAAAUGAAUCCAGGGAGAAACUCUGGUGAUUUUUCUGAGGAAGAAUAAAAAGAAACUGAAAACUGGUUGCUCAUACGACCAGAGGACUUUGAUUCAAAUUAGCUGAGCCCCUAACCCUUCCCCUUGUAGAGGCUCUGUGGAACCACUGAGCGGUAGAUGGACCCCCGUCUCCUUUUUAUAAAGAUAAAAUUCCCACGUCGCUCCGUCUAGUUUGAAAUCGAUGUCUGGCUCAUCUGCUGUCUUAGCAGCAUGCCACCUAUAAAGCUCCUCCUACCUCUGAUUGCAGGCUCCUCCCACGUCACAUUUUAAGUUUUUGACCACAUGAUGCAUCCAGUUUCUGAUUUACAGUUAGCCUGCAUGUCAAACCCCAUUCUCCAUUAACUUGCAUGGCUCGUUUAAAGGAACUCUUUUUUUUGACCCUGGGUGGUGGGACAAGGCUUCAGCUCUAAAAGGUCAUGGUACUCGUGAGUCAUUGGUUUCCUAACUGCACCUGCAGGACUGUUGGCAUCAGUUGCUUUGACUAACUUGGGUCUCCGUCUCGUCAACUCAGCCGCCAUGUUGCUCUAAAAUGACGAAUAACGCUAACGCUGAUCAUUUGUUUGUUUCUUCAUUUUUGCAGUAAAUACAGUAAUUCCGCGUGGACGACGAAGUGCCAACACAAGGUCCAUUCUCACUGCUGAUUGAGUUCAACGGGAAAAAAAGUUAGCAUUAAUAGGCUAUUUGGACAAAAAUGCUAAACAAAAACACUGAUUUUCAUUCGUAUAAAGUGACCUACUUUUUUAAAAAAGUGAUGGCUGUUAGAACGACACUUUUGCGUGCUGCUGCUGCUGCUGGAAGCCAAUUUCUCACAAGUCCAAUGAACUAAUUGAACAGUUUUUCAAUGAGCAUUAAAUGUGCGUUUCUGAUUGGCUGAUCUAAACCCUCCAAUGAGAAGCCAGGGGACACGGGGUCUGGAUCAUCUUUUGUUUUGUUUUUUAUUUUAUUUGUUUUAUUUUUUAAUCUGUGCACUUUCAUUAUAUAGGAUUAUUACAGACUAUAAUUAACCUGUAGGAAAGCGUGGUAGUACUAUGGUUUGUGAGUUAUUCAGCAUAGGUUAUAAGACUAUAGGAAUAUUACGUCCUCCUGAAUCAUCUGAACUUAUAAUAACAAACCAUUUACUCUAAAGGCUCCACAAACCACAGACCUGCUAUUAUGACUUUAUCCUCAAGAUUUUAUUCAUUCAAUAAUCAUGUUUUAAAUUGUUUUGUUACAUCAUAUGUUAAGCUAUUGGUUUUUUCUUUUGUGUUUGUUCUACUGCCAUGUUCUAUAACAAAAAAAAAAAUCCAGGGUGAUCAAAUUCUGGGGUUUUUUCAUGUAUUUAUUAUUCCUAGGAAUAGUUCGAAAUAACACAAUGAAACUUGACAAACGCUCUGAGUCAAAUAGGUAAGUCGUGUUUCGGGGGAAAAAGAUUUGAGUGGUAUGAUAUGCUUUUUUUCCUCACUUCUUACCGAGGGCUGAAACGGGAUCACUGACCGCCAGAAUUCUCUGCAAAGUGCGACAAUUAAAUUCCAAAUUGGAAUUGUUUCAUUCUCUCUUCGUUUAUCGUGCCAAAUCUUGGUGCACCGUUUAGGUUGAAAAAGAAAUCGAGACUCGAGAAAGAAGACAAACCGUCACUGAGAAAGAUGUAUUUGAGGAGGGGGAUUUGUUUUUGGGUUUGUUUAGUUCUUCGUUUCUGACCAGUAGUGCCUUUCAUUGUUUCAAGGGAGAAUCUUAGACUAGGAUUUUAUGUUUACCCUUCUUCUUUUUUUUUUUUUAAAGAGGUGAGGACUUAGGGUUCAAAAUGACUGUGAGCAGCAAUAAGUGCAAAAAGGGAAUUUCCCCGUCUGCAUGAGUUAGAUGAUAGUUUUUAAAAUUAGCUCAAUAAAAAGUGAAAUUGUGUUGAAUUCUGCAGGUCAGUGAUCCCACUCAAUAAAUUCAGGGGUACUAAGAAAAAGGUUGUUUUUUUUAUCAAACUUUGGGAACCAAAUGAAAUCCCUUUUGGCCUCCUGUUGUUGAACAAAAUGCUCCAAACAUCUCUAAUGUAUGGGAGUAGAUUGGUGUAUUAUUGGAAACAUCUACGCAUCUCUAGCUUUGUUUGGUGAAGGUAAUGUGAUAUCAAUAGUAUUGUUGGAAAAAAUGUGCAGGGAGCGCAUUUUCUCUUUCUUUUUGUCCAAUUUUGAGUUUUUUUUUUGUUUUUUUUUUAUUAUAUUGAUUUUUAUUUUAUUUUUUACAUCAUCUUUGAGCAUUAUGUUUUCAGGAAACAGAAAACAAAAUAAGCAUCAACAAGCUUGAAUAGUGCCAUUACAGCCAAUGCUUGUUUGUUGAGGCGUUAAAGUUACCAAUAUGGACGGGAAGCGAGGAAAUAAAAAGUGCAAUUGAGAUAAAGUUUUACAUAUUGAAGAAAAGGAAAAAAAAAGUUUUCUGUUUGCUGGAAGCCAUAGCAUUGUGAUAAUACAAUUAGCUGUGCAAACUUUAUAUUGUCAUAUUGUGUUUUCAGUAUUGAUCCAUAAUGAGAGUUUGAUAUCUUUAUAUGAAAUAACGACUUCACCUGUACGUUGGUAUUUAUUUGAAUUGUCAUGCAGUACUGUAUUCUUAUCAAUAAUGUGCAUUAUGAUUAGUGGCAUAUUGAUAACAGCUCAAUGUCAUAUGCAUGUUUCCCAGUCAUGGAAACCUUUACACAGAAUUGAAAACAAACAUGUAAACUUUAUCAGGGUUUUAAAAAAAAUGAAAAAAACAAAAUAAGACAAUUUAAGUCUGAUGUAUUACUGCUGAACUAAUCCUAUGAAAGUGUUUUGGUUGUUUUCUACUAGAGAGGCGGGACGUCUGUGUAAAGGUAGUCAUACUGGCUAAAAAACAAUAAAUGUGA